AUGCACUUUGAGGCAGUCGUUGAUAGUCGGUGUCACCAUUUCAACGCAAGAUUACAUAACAUAAUGCAGAUUCAGCUGAAGUUAGUGGCCUCAAGCAUAAAGACGAAUGUCUCCACGCUUGUCAGAGCCGAGGAUAAUCAAGAAAUGUUUGCCCUUAUCUUGAUACCAAUCUUGUGCCUGGGCUGGGCACAAGCGGAUGUCAGGACGGUUUCCCAGUUGUACGAACUUCCCGAAACGCCCUUUCUGGUACCAUCAAUACCGCCGCAUUUACCAAAUGACAUUCCAGGCUGUUCUGGAAAGACUUCUUAUCUCACAAUCACCUCGACGAGGCCUACGACAGUACUGGUCUACAAGACAGUGAACCAGUAUGUUCCUUCCAAAGUAUUCGAGGUGAUCACCGCUUCAGAAGUCCGUUUUGAAACCGUGUUCGCAACGCAGACUUACACGACCUACUUGCCGCCGAAAAUCGUAACAGAAACAGAGCUUCUUACCGUAACGACCUACAAGCCCCACGUCCAGCUACUGACGGAGACCGUCUACACCACGAAAAGAGAGGUGAGGUCCAUCACGACGACUGAGGUGGUCACUGAUUACAGAACAAGGACUUCCCUCGUCUACAGCAAGGUGACGAUAACCUCCACCGCUAUAGUCACCACGGAAGCAGUGACAAGCGUCAACGCUCUGAACACAAAAUACCAGUACUUCACCAAGACCAGCUACACUCCGAACACAGUUGUGUUCACCAGAACGACGACCUACAACGUCUACCAGACGCUGACUCAUACGCUGACCAAGAACGAGUACAUCACGGAGACGAAGCUGCAGUACAGCACCUUCUACACAACCAAGUGUUCGUCCAGCUACGUCUAUCAACGGCCCUCCACUGCUUUCACCCAUUAUGACUCUUUCGGUGGUUAUUAGAUGGUAGAGGGUCUCGUGUCGUCCCCAGAACAGGAUAAAGAAUCAUUUUCAGGUUGUUUAGAAAGAUGCUCUUACCAUCUUCCAAGUCCUACAUCCGUUUUCAUAGGGCAUUACCUCUCAUGUCUGGUCCUGAGUGACCUGUAUUUGAAAACUGUAUAGAAAAAAGGUAUGAUGAUGGCAGUCUUCCAAGAUGGUGCUUGAGAAAUCUUAUUGAGUAUCAAAGAUGUAUUAAAAGGAUGUUUUAUAACUAUAUGGCUCCCUCCCCAUCUCAUUUUCAUGGGUUUUAUCUUAAUAGAAAUGAAUGUUUCGACAAAGAAUAAUAACUGUUAAAAAUAUUAAUUAUCAUCUUCUAGUAGGAAAUAUCUUAAUAUAAAACAAAACAUUUAAUGUCUUUACAGAUGGUCGAAAAAAUGUAUGAAAUGAAUAUGCUGUGAAGUUUGUGCACAUUUUUUAUUGUUUUUUUGAAACUGAACAAGCAAUGAAUUGUAAUAUUUCCCUGCAUUGCAGGAAAAAUCGUAAUGUAGUUUAGUGAAAGAAUCUCAAUAUCCAAUCUAAACUCAUCUUACAGAGAAGUGAACGAGAAUUCAUUGGUUCAUUAUGAAUAAGAGUCAGUUUAAGAAAGUGAUUAUUCUAACUAAACCUUAAUGUUCUAUGGACGACAUACAAAGACUAAGAUCUGUGACAAACCCUGAGAAAAUAAACCUAAUGGAAGAGCAACUUUGGCAAAUGAGAACUUGUUAUGUGGAUAAAAUAUGUCAUCUGAUUCCGAAUUUCUGCCAAUGCAGUUCUCUAGUUUAGUAGGAAAUUGAGUUAAAUAAUACUUUGAAUAGAUGUUCAGUAGUUAUCAACAUACAUCUACCUAAGUAUCUUAUGCUUAACUUUAAAUUAAACUUAUUUCUAAGUUAUUACUUUUAAUAUUAAUUUAAUUGUAAGUUAGUAUAAGUAAAAUGCCGCCGUUAGUAAUAAGUUUAGAUAGUUUUUCCCUUAAUGAAUGAUGCGUAAUGACAUUCCAUAAUAAAUGUAAAUACAAGUUACAUCAA